CUCCGUACAAUGUUGAGCUUACUGCUGUUCGUUUGUGUGGUGUGCAUUGCCAGUGUCUGGUCGAAGUAUGGCCGAGGUCGACCCAAGUAUCCCCUGCCUCCAGCCAUGACUGGAGCGCUACCAAUCAUUGGAAUUACCCAUCAGGUGCUGAAAAACUAUUCUCGACGUUGGGAUUUCCUCAAGACCAAGGCUGAAGAGUGCGCAAAGCUAGGCGGUGUGGUUCAUGCGCAUUUCGGCAGUGAGUUAUAUUACGUAAUAACAGAUCCUCAAGACGCGUUGACCGCUAGCAAUCAGUGUCCGAAGAAACAUUACGCCUUUGAUUUAGCUAAAGUUUGGAUGGGAGAGGGGCUGAUACUGUCAUCAGGAGACAUUUGGAAGCGUCAUCGCAAGUUACUGAGUCCGGCGUUCACAUUGCCCAUAAUUCACAGCUUUUUAGAUGUAUUCAACAGUCAAGCGAAGAAAUUGGCUAGUUCUAUGGAAAAACACGCCGGGAAAGGCCUCUUUGAUCCGUUUAUGUAUUUAAAAUUGAACGCCUUGGAAACUUUUAGUGUUGGCACAUUAGGUAUUGAAGCCGUAGAUGACGUGAACUUCACUGCGAAGUAUAUGGCUUCUGUUGAUAAUUUAUUGACGUUGCUGAUCAGCAGGGUCGUGAAGGUCUGGCUCCUCAGUGACGUCAUAUGGAAAUUGACAGGACUGAAGAAGAAGGAACAAGAACUAGUGGAUACUUUACAUGCUAUGACUAAUACAGUUCUGCAACGAAAAAAAGCUGCUCUCAAAAAUAAGGGUGCAGGAAGAAUCAUUGAAUCUCAAACUUCAGGUAUUAAAUAUAGACCGUUUCUGGAUCUUCUACUGGACCUUUCUUCUAACGGUGCCUUCACUGAUGAGGAGAUCAGAGAAGAGACUGACACGAUUAUAGCUGCAGGAUAUGAUACUACUUCCAAUCAGCUGACGUUUAUAUUGUUGCUUGUUGGUGCUCAUCCUGAGGAACAGGAAAAGGUGUACGAAGAGCUUCUAGAAAUUCUAGGACCAGACAGGGAUGUGGAGAAGGAUGAUAUAAAUAAAUUGGUUUACACAAAUGCAGUCAUAAUGGAGUCUCUUCGGCUGUUUCCUUCGGUACCAUCCUUGUUUAGAACUGUUGAAACUGAUGUUAAGCUGAAAAACUACACAAUGCCCGCUGGUAGUUACUGCGUCAUCUUCCCAAUGGCUGCCACUCACCUCGAUCCUACCUGGGGACCAGAACCAGAUAAAUUCAGACCUGGAAGAUGGUUGCAUGGAGACUUUAGGAACAGUAAAGAAUAUGCCCCAUUUGGCUUGGGGAAGCGAGCUUGUAUAGGUAGAACAUACGCCAUGAUAUCAAUGAAAGUGACGUUAUCACAUUUCUUACGCCAUUACCGUGUGAAGGCAGACAUGAGCCAUUUGAAGCUGAACUUCGACUUCUUGUUGAAACCAAUCUCUGGACACGACAUCAGUAUUGAAAGCAGAAGAAAAUAA